AUGAGCUUCUACGACAACUCGGAGCUGUCGGUGAUCAGCACCAUGAUGAACAUCAGUGCUGCCGAGGAUCGAUCUGUGGUCGACCUGCAGAAGAUUUUCCAUGUAUCUCACAACCACAGCUCGAUGUGUCGCAAGAGCCCUGUUGAACGUGUGCGACUCCGGGUCCAGCUCGCAGGCGAUGUCCAGAUCCAACAGCACCAGCUAGACCGGCCACAUGAUCUCAGCGGCGGCGGCGGCGGCGGCGUGCAAAUCACCACGCGCACCGACCUCUCGCUCUUGUACUCUGGAGGUGGUGCAGAAACGAGUUUAUUCGCCAUCGAGAUGCAAAUGUACCAAAUUCUUACCGUUCGGUCAUUAGAACAGCUCGCCAACAAGCGGCAGUGGUCGCGAAUUCGCCCAGAGAUUUCUCCCCUACCAGGUCCUCCACCAAAGGAGGGAGGGACCAGCGGCCCAAAACUCGCAAUCUGUUCAAGGAACAACUUCCCGAAGAGAAUCAGGUUCUGGCAAUAUAAUUUUUUCUCCUUCUCGCCAUAUAUUUCUCAAACCGCAUACCCUUCCCAUUCGUAUGCCACUGGCACUCUUGUGUCUGCAAUCUGGCGUCUACCGUCAUCGGCCAUCAUCGUGCAAAGACUCGUCGUUGUAUUGGGCCUUGCUCGGAGCGGUCACUCAGUCAAGGAUGCCACGGCCAUUACUGACAGCUCCUUGGGCAUUCCAGAUAAGACCGCCCUACCAAAAGCCCACGAUGCAGUCCGCAAUCUGGUAAAUCCACCCGAAGACUUCAAGACCAGCGUUCUUUGUGGCCUCGACCCCGCAAACAUCAUGGAGUGUGCCCAGACGGCGCUUUCUUUCUGGACAUACCAAAAGGCUCAGGAACUGUGA